AUGGAUGUCAAAAAUAUCUGCCUCAAUGGUGAUCUUCUCGAGGAAGUCUACAUACAACCUCCCCCUAGGUCUGCUUAUCAGUUCAUAAGCUUCACUUCCAGCUCAUAUGACUCUGCUCUAUUUGUUCGAACCACUCCUAAUGGCACCACUCUUCUUCUUCUUUACGUGGAUGAUAUGAUUAUCAUCGGUGAUGAUGUGGCUGGUAUUCUUAGCCUCAAACAAUUUUUCAAUCGUCAGUUUGAGAUGAAGGACCUUGGAAGUCUCAAUUAUUUCUUAAGGCUUGAAAUCUCUCAUGAUUCCACUAGUUAUUAUUUAUCCCAAGCCAAAUAUGCAUCCAAUCUUCUAGCACGUGCUGGUCUUACUGAUUGCAAGACUACCUCUAUUCCCAUUGAUCCUCAGACUCGUCUCACUCCUUUAGACGGGGAUCUUCUCUCUAAUGCUACUCUUUAUCGCCAGCUGGUAGGUAAUCUUGUCUAUCUCACUGUGACUCAUCCUGACGUUGCCUAUGAUGUCCAUCUUGUUAGUCAGCACAUGUUCCAUGGACUCCACCACUCUACUCACUCUUCUCUCAAGCUUCGUGUUUUUUCUGAUACUGAUUGGGUUGGGGAUCCUACUAAUCGACGCUCCACCACGGGUUUCUGUUUCUUCUUAGGGGAUUCUCUUCUUACUUGGUGUAGCAAGAAACAGUCUCUCACUGCUCACUCUAGUACUGAAGCUGAAUACCGUGCACUUGCUGACACUACUCAGGCUUUUGUGGCUUCACUGGCUCCUUGCUGA